AUGCAUCUGCGAGCAGUGGCAGAGGCACAAGAGACACAGCAAGCAGAGCACCGAGCUGCUAUCCAAGCUGCCCACGGACAACUGCAGCAGGUCGAACGAUAUCUGCUGAGCGAAGCAGAGCUCCAGCGGCAACAACGAGACGCGCUGGCGGCGCAGCUGGAAGCUCAAGGGCGCAAAAUUGCGCAAUUCCAAGCACGACUGCAAUCGGAGCGAGAAGCGCUUGCACUGCAAAACGAACAGCAAACCCGCGCAGCACAAGAGAGAGAACAGAGUCUCUUUCGACACAAGCAAGAUUUGUUGCACGAAAAGAAUCGGCAACGCGAGCGAGAGAUCGAGCUUAAUGAGCAAGUGAGAGCGGCUGGAGAAGCGCACCGCGCACGUGAAAUGGCGCUAGCGGAGCAAGAGCGGCGCGUGAAAGAGGAGCAGCAGACGCGCGAGUCGAGGCUUGGAGAAGAAGCCGGACGUGUCAACCUAGACCAAGCAAACGCGGGUCGCGCGUGGCAGCAUGCGCAGCACAACGCAGCAGACGUCGAGCAUCGCGUGCGUGAGGCGGAAAAGCGAGGUUAA